CCCUACGUCAUACAGCUGCACGAGUGGUUUGAACACCCUCGAAAAUUCACUCUCGUCAUGGAGUACCCCGAACCUUGCGAGAGCUUGCUGGCCUUUAUCAACCGUAACCCUGAACUGGAUGAACCUACGACACGGGUCAUCAUUAGACAGGCUGUGCUGGCAGUACAACACUGCAUCGAACGUGGCGUUUUUCACAACGACGUUCAUGCCGGAAACUUCCUGAUAAAGAAAAACACACUAGAGCUCAAGCUGAUUGACUUUGGCUGCGGUCAGCUUCUUAGUAGCGACGGCUACGAGAGCGGAGUGUACCUUGGAAUACAUACCUACCGCCCACCUGAAGUCUUCACUGACACGAGAUUCCACGCCGUCCCAACUAAUGUCUGGGCUCUAGGAGUGUUGUUAUACGAGAUGACGAACGAUUAUCCUCCUUUUGACAAUAAAAUGGAAAUCAUACGAGGCAAAGUUAUGUUUGUGAACUCCAACUUAUCCAAAGGAAAUAACAAACUUGCUGUCCUUGGUGGAGGGCUUGAGCUCGUGACGUGACCCGAAGCUCGAAAUCCAACUCGCCAGGGAACUCACGCUGCCAC